CUCGGGAAGACGCCACAAGGCCUGUACCUCCCAAUCCCAUUUCCUCUUCUUCUUCUUCUUCUUCUCUUCGUUCGAGAUCAAGAGAGAGUGAGAGAGAGGAUGGAUGAGGAGAUGGAGAAGAAGAUCUCCGACGUGGUUUUGGACAUCUUGAGCACCGCCGAUAUGGAGAAGACCACCGAGUUCAAGGUCCGUACAGCAGCCGCCGAACGCCUCGGCAUCGACCUCUCCCAUCCUGACCGCAAGCGCUUUGUACGAUCAGUGGUUGAGUCCUUCCUCAAAUCCAAGCAAGCUGAAGCUGAAGCUGAGACUGUCCAAGAAGGAGGAGAAGAGGAAUCAGGACAGCAAGGGGAUGAUCAAGAAGAAGAGGAUGGCGGAGGGAACCGCGGUGAGAAGGAGUUUGACGACGACGGCGAUCUCAUCGUUUGCCGGCUUUCCAACAAGAGGAGAGUGACGUUGCAGGAGUUUAGAGGGAAGACGCUGGUUUCGAUAAGGGAGUUCUUUGAGAAGGAUGGGAAACAGUUUCCGACCUCCAAAGGGAUAAGCUUGUCAAUUGAUCAGUGGGAGGCCUUCAGGAAUUUAGUUCCUGAAAUAGAUGAUGCUAUCAAGAAGCUGGAAUCUGGAGAAGAUUGAAGUGCAUUAGAUUCAAAGGAGUGUGCAUUUGCAGAGUGUCUUUUAUUUGCAAAUGCCUUUGUUUGUUCAUAAGUUCAAUGCUAUGAAGUUAUUAUAACUACAAAUUAUGGGUCUGUGUUUUUUUGUCUUGCAUGGAACACUAGAUGUGAUACAUGCUUUUUGAAAAAUUCUUAAUAUGUUCCCUUUUAGUUCUUAUUUCCCCUCUUUUUAAGCUGCAACAUGCAUGAGUUGUUACAUCUA